AUGUCAGUAAUAACUAAUGAAGAAGUUUUAAUUAAUGAAAAUGAUGAACAAUUAGAUAUUCUUCAGAGAAAAAGUGCUGCCCUGAAGAACGCAACAAAUACACUUUUAGAUAAAGUUAGUGAUAGUAAUAAAAAUAUUGAUGAAACUGUUUGUAUUACUUAA